AUGGGUAGCAAAAAGAGAAAGGCCGGCCGUCCGGCGCAACAGAAAUCAGCACCGGAGCCCUCAAAGUUCGACAUCGAAGAGCGAUUCGACGACUCCGAAGACGAAUUCCAGACCGGCCGCGAUCAGGUUCUACUCGAUGAGCGCCCAGAGACCAAGAGACGGCGCAGAGUUGCUGAGGAAGAGGAACUGAUCCAGCCAUCCGAUGAGGAAAUUCUUGGCUAUGAAUCCGUCGACGAAGAUGAUGACCUCGAGGACGAAGAGGAAUAUGACGACGCAGAUGAUAUGGACCAGACGAAAAAAGCGGACGACUCAGAAGAGGAAGACGAAGGCAUUGCCGCUUGGGGCUCCUCCAAAAAAGAUCUCUACAAUGCGGACCAGAUCGACACCGAGGCCGAUGCAUUGGAGGAAGAGCAGGAGGCCAAGCGAUUGCAAAUGAAGCAGUUGGAGGCUAUGAACGAGGCCGACUAUGGGUUCGACGAGUCUGAGUGGGCGGACGCUGGGAAGGAUGCCGAAGACGAAGACGCUGGCGUGGUCACUGAAGUGCUCCCGCAAGUGGAGAUCACCGAGGAUAUGAGCACUGACGAGAAGCUGAAGAUCCUCAAGUCAAGAUACCCCGAGUUCGAACCGCUGUCGAAGGAUUUCGUUGAUCUUCAGAGCGUAUACAAGGAGCUUGAGGAAGCUGCUUCCAAUGCUCCCGCGGAAGAUGAUUCUGCAGACGAGCCACAACCAUCUUCAGUCCCUGUGAUCAAAUUCCGCGCGCUCUCUGCCUACCUGGGUGCCAUCAGCAUGUACUUCAUGCUUCUCUCCUCCCCUUCCCCCGACGCAACCAGUGAGCAUGUCCCGAUGACCCCCGCUGAGCUCCGUCAACACGCAGUCAUGGGAUCACUCGUGAAAUUCCGCAAACUGUGGAACACGGUCAAGGACCUCCAGGAGGAGGUCUCGGAUGACGAGUCAGACGACGAGUCUGUCAUGCAAGAGAUCACAAGCCAGCCAACCAAGGCCCAGAAGCAGUCGAAGACAGAGAAGCCCAAGCAGAGGAAAUUGACCAAGGCCGAAGCCAAGGCAGCAGCAGCACAAGCGGAGGCUGAAGAGCUCCGCGCCGAGCGCAUUCGUCAAACAGAAGCCGGUCUCGCCGACCUCGACGAUCUGGCCACCGAGCCCUCCCGGAAGCGCAAGACUCAAAAGACCAAGAAGGUCGCCAAGGACGACGAUUCUGACUUCGGUGACGAAGACGCUCUCACAGCCCACGAGGCAGCAGAGAAGGCCAAGCAGAAGCGCUCCCUCCGCUUCUACACCUCCCAGAUCGCCCAGAAGUCCAACAAGCGUAACGCAGCAGGCCGGGAUGCAGGCGGUGAUGCCGAUCUUCCAUACCGCGAGCGUCUCCGCGAUCGCCAGGCUCGUCUCAACGCCGAGGCCGAGAAGCGCGGUAAGAAGGCACUCAACCCCGACCAGCAGCUCGGCGGUGACAGUGACGACGAGGAUCAUCGUGUUGCCAAGGAGCUCCGCCGUGGCGAGGGCGCCAAGGAUGACGACGACGAAUACUACGAUAUGGUGGCGUCGCGCUCCAAGAAGCGCAAGGACGACAAGCAGGCUCGCUCAGACGCAUAUGCCGAGGCUGAGCGUCUCGGUGGACAGGUCUAUGAGCAGGAAGAGGUCGGCCCUGAUGGAAAGCGUGCUAUCACAUACCAGAUCCAGAAGAAUAAGGGUCUACACGCGAAGCGCAGCAAGGAUUCGCGCAACCCGCGUGUCAAGAAGAGAAAGAAGUAUGAGGAGAAGAAGAAGAAGCUUGGUAGUACGAAGCAGAUCUACAAGGGUGGUGAAGGCCGUGGUGGAUACGGUGGUGAGCUUACGGGUAUCAAAAAGAACCUGGUCAAGAGUGUCAAGCUGUGA